CUAGGAAAAGCCAUAUAUCACAUGCCUAUCGUGUACCUACCUACUUAUAAUUUCAGGUGAUGGGCUCUUGUAAUAGCUGUCUGCAGAUGGAGUUCCCUCUGCAGCGUAAGAAUGGCAACUACGAGAUCGUCCAUGCUUAUCGCUGUCAGCACAGCGUGCAUCGCUUGCCCUGCAAAGGAGGAAUACGAUUCUCCAAUGAGGUGAACUUAGACGAGGUCAAGGCUUUAGCUUCUCUGAUGACUUUCAAGUGUGCUUGCUCCAACAUUCCUUUUGGAGGUUCGAAGGGAGGUGUAGCUAUCAACCCUAAGACAUACUCUGUCGCUGAGCUGCAGCGCAUCACCAGGCGUUAUACGUUGGAACUAGCCAAGAAGAACUAUAUUGGUGCCGGCAUUGACGUACCAGCCCCUGAUAUGAACACCGGGGGCAGGGAAAUGUCUUGGAUUGUGGACACCUACAUCAAGACCUUAGGCUACCAAGAUCUGAACGCGGCUGCGUGCGUGACGGGCAAGCCGAUCAACGGCGGCGGCAUUCACGGCCGCGUGGAAGCCACCGGCCGGGGCGUCUUCAUGACCAUCAACUACUAUAUUCACGACCCCUACUUCAUGAAACUCAUCGAUGUCAAGCCUGGCUUCAAGGGCAAGACUGCAAUCAUCCAGGGAUUCGGUAACGUGGGCUCCUGGGCCGCUGUCUAUCUUGCCAAGGAGGGGGUCAAGAUUAUCGGAGUAUUGGAGUGGGAUGUUAACCUCUCCAACCCUGACGGCAUGAACCCAGUGGAAUUGAUGAAAUAUAUGGCGAAGAACAAAAGGAGUGCUAAGGGCUUCCCGAAUGGCAAGGCGGUCGGUAAAGAGCUUUUGUACGAGAAGUGCGACAUCCUUGUAGUGGCAGCUACGGAGAAGACACUCACCGCGGACAACGCUGGCAAAAUUAAAGCCAGGAUCGUAGCGGAAGGUGCAAACGGGCCGACGACGCCGUCCGCCGAUGACAUUCUGUUACAAAAGAAGGUUCUGAUCCUUCCUGACCUGCUGACCAACGCGGGCGGUGUCACCGUCUCCUACUUCGAAUUCCUCAAGAACCUCAACCACGUCAGCUUCGGCAAACUAAGCAUCAAGUUCUGGAGGGAUUCUAAUACUGCGCUUUUAGAUUCGGUGGAGAAGUCUCUGAAGAAGGCGAAGGUGGACGCGAAGGUGGCGCCCACCAAGGCGUUCGCGUCCAUGAUGUCGGGCGCCAGCGAGAAGCACAUCGUCGGCACCGGCCUCGAGUACUCCAUGACCAAAGCCUGCAUGAACGUGGCGGCGGCGUCCAAAACCCACAAGUUGGGCAUCGACCUCCGAACAGCCGCCUACAUCACUUCCAUCGAGAAGAUAUUUGUCACGUACGACGAACACGGCCUAGCGUUCUAAGAGGUUAAUUGUUCUAACUGCUAGUCUUGUUCUUUGCUUAGAUAGAUUCUUCACGACUUGUUAUCCGAUUACAAGGAAACACUGUCACGUUGAAGUUCCCCCUACUAUUGAAUAUAUUCUCAGAAGUGUCUGGUGGUCUAAGGGAAGCAUCAUACAUCGCUUCGAACUGUUCUAGUUGCGAAGCUGGUGUGUACAUCUAUAUGACCUUCAAACAAUAUCUUCUGCAUGUUUUGGUUGAUGGUCACUCUUGUUAAUAAGGGACUUUCAUAAGAUGCCUGGCCAAGGGACAUGUAUAUGAGAGAUAAGCAACCUCAUGGGGACCGUGAGUCGCCCUUCCGUGACGUGAUGUGAUAAGAGUAGCUUACGGGAUAAACAGUUUACUUUAUUCCAGCUCCCGGUUCCUAAUAAACAUAAACGACUCGUUUUACUUACUAUUGGUUGUUUUAUCGUAAGCAAAACGACUGUUUAUUUUAGGAGCUGAGCAAUAGUGUUAUGUUACCAGACCAGUCAACGGCCCCGCGAUAGCGGGUGAGUCAAAAUGACGGGUGUAACAUAGCGAACCAAAUUAUACCAAUUGUCAAAAAGAUACCUACUUAGCUACUAUUUCGUAUCUAGCUCUAAAAAAAAUAGGUAUCUCUUGAAUGAAGUUAUAUCAAAAUUAAGAUACCCGCCAUACUGACAUCGAGAUGGUUGUAUUUUAUUUAUCCAUAGCUAACAAAAUGUGUUAACUUACAUAAGAACAACCUCAUAUAUGUUUUCACUGACCACCGGGCGGGUACAAUAACGUUCGUCAGCAACGCGAGUAGUCUUUUAUGUAAUAAAAUAUAACACGAAUAAUGUUUACAACAAAAGUCUGCAACUCGCACAAUUACGCACAACAAUACUAUCCUAGAUAAUCUAAACUAAAGCACUAGGAUAACAACCUGAGCAGUAAAAGCUAUUGGCUGUGGAUAAAUGAAAAGGGCACGCCUUCGGAUUCGCCGACUACCACUGUGGUUAGCUAAACCUCUUGACAUUGUAAUUGCAGAUCGUAUCAGCUGUUUAAACAGAACAGUUUAUGAAAUACAGCUGGUUUGCUUUUCGCUGGCUCAAGGGUGGAAUUGAUUUUACUUAAGGGCACUCCGAUUUCUGGUGUCCACAAAAGAACACCUCGGUCAGACCCCUUACUUCGGGGACAUACGCUUUACACUGUGUACAAUAACAUCCGCUCACAACGCGAGUAGACUUUUAUAAAUAAAAAUAUAAAAACUAAAUAUAUUUUCAUUAAAAGUCUCAACGCGUCACUGAAAAGAAGUACACGAUUGACUAGUAUAAUAAUAGUUUUGCUCGAACUUGGCGGACACACUGCCGUGUGUCUAGAUAUUUUAUUACGACUUGCAACACGAUUAUCCUAGGUAACCUAAACUAAAGCACUAGGAUGACUAAAAAUGCAAGUUCGUAAUAUAAGUGUCACUAGAGAACUCGGAGUGCAUGCAACAAGAGCGUUAUUUAAGAAGUUAACUGUUUUACAGUUGUAUCAGAAAUUAAUACAAAAGUUCUGAUUUUCUGUUCAGUAUGACCAUAACUGAAACGAGGCUGCGGGAGGCGCGAGGCGAGGAAUCCCCGAGACAGUCACCGUUUUGGUCACAAAGUCACGGUUUUUCAAGUCUUCAAAGUCUGUGUGCACAAUAAUACGAAUACAUACAAUGUCUACAAAACUCGUAAACGGCCGCACGUCGGGCGUCGUUCGAGUUUGAAUAAGACUGUUAUGUACAAAAUAAAUGUGCACACAACUAUUGUAUGAAGAAUGCAAAGUGAUAGCAGAAAAUAACUACAGAACCAAAGACAUAGGAAAAAGAAUAUAUAUCUAGCGACACUUAGGAGGAGCUUGAGUCCGAAAGGCGAUCCCUAGACGAACAAUUAAAUUGCGCAAUAUUACCUGCGUAUAAUUUUUGACCAUACAGGUAAUAUUGAAGAUUGCGCAAUGAUAAUUAAAUUUUGAUAUCUAAGUUCUAAAGGCUGUAACAUUUUUUUUGAACUAGUUACAAAAUGGUAAGUUGUAGGCAUUUUUUUUGUAAUUGGUAUAUGUAAUUUGAGUCGCUGUUACACCCGCCAUUAGACUCCACUAUUGCGAGGCUUUUGGCAGCCAGAAUAUCCAUAUGCACAAUUUGUCUUAUUUAUAGUUAAAAUAAAUAUUUGUUUUUGCAUUUCCGUUACCCGAGACAGCGUCUCACUGUAUCCGUGUUGCCUCGGACCUUGUAUGUUGUCUUGUCCUAAGGCAAGGACGCGUGGGUCAGCGCCAUAAUGUUGUGCUUUUGAGCUCAAACGCAACAUCUAAUCUGAGCGUCUGACCUUUCGCACAGAUAUGACGCAAAAAUAGCAUAUUUAUAGUCUGUAAUAUUUUUUACUGUUACUUGUUUUAUUUUUAUUUAAUUUUAUAUUAUCUUACUGUGCGCGAUUUUGUAGUUUCUUAUUUUUAAGAUUUUUAUUAAAUUUUAAUAAAAGAUUGUAAAAUUUAAUUUCGUUUUUAUUCCAAAAAAUAUAGGUAUAUUCAUAUUUGAUACUGCAGAAAUAUUUUUUUACAAUAACACAAAUGUAUACUGGACACUAUCUGUCACAGGCACAAUCAAUCUUAGGGUGCGUCCACAUCUGGCGAAUGUGCCGC